AUGAGUGAUCACCAAAACACUCCCCUUGGCCCAAGGCCUAACUCUAGAAGCUCCAGACAGGGUAUCGAAGAAGAAACUGAAACCCCGGAACAAAAUUUUCAAGACAUGCCUUUAAAUCCGCAUUAUUCCUUGACUUCUACUGUAUCUACAGGUUUUCCUGUUACUCAGACUAACAAUAAUAGUAACAUGGCCACCACUGUCUUAUCUGAUUCGACCCUUGACACAGAAAUCAUACCAAAUAUUUCAUCACAUUUGCAUGAAUCUAGGACAAGGGCUCUUUUUAAUAACAUUAGAUCUCGUUUACCUAUUUCGAAUACUUCUGGUACGCCUUCUUUCGAAAGACAAUUAUCAGGUGAACCGGCUAGAUCCGAAGCAAUUAUUAUAGAUUCAGCUAUGAGCGUUUCAUCCUCUUCAUCAUCAUCAACUGAGAGCUUAAAAAGGCGACGUAGAACCAACUCUGAAGACUCUUCUAGUUCUUCUAAUGAAGCAACUAAAAAACGUUCCCGGUUUCAAUCUUCUAACUUACGAUCUACUUUAUCCCAUAUGAGGUCCAUGCUUAAUGGAGGGGGAUCUGGAAACUCUGCAAGCCCUGAAACUUCAGAUAAUAUUGAUGCGGAAUACCAAAGUAAUGCAUCGCAAAGCAAAAGUGAAUUAGAAACCAAUAAUUCCGAAUGUCUCAAUGACACCGGAAACAUAAAUAAAGAUGAAAAUCCUCAAUCAACUUCUGCGGUUGGUUCACAAGAAAGCCGUGGACUAAACUCCAUUUUGCCUAAUUUUGAGACGACUCGUAACAUAGAAAAUUUUACUUAUACCUCUUCAUCUGCCUCUAAUUCUCCAGUUUCUUCGCUUGUUGAUAGAUCUUCUCUGAGUUCUACUACUCCUUUAACAACAUCUCUUGAUACAUCGACAUCGAGAAGCCGCACACUUUCUAAUGCUGGCAGUCGUUUUCGUGAUCUUCUUCUUGGAAGACCGCUUUCUAGGCCUGGUUCUUCGUCGAGCUCUCAAACAGCUAACACCAUUGAUCGAAAUUCUAAUAAUGGUAAUUUGUCUUCUACUCAACAACUUAAUCAUGGAUUAAACCCUUUUCGCAGUAGAAAUACUACCUUGACAAAUCAAAAUCAAACAUCUAGUAGUAUAGAGUCUAUGAAUUCUAAUAAUGGAAACAAUUUUGAAUCAUUGAACGCAACUCGACGCACUGCUGCUGAAACUCUUAUUGCUGCCUCUGAAAGUAGGUCGUCAGAACUUGUUUCUUCCCCUUUUUCUUUGGAAACUCAACAAAGACAUUCCAGAUUUUUCCCUUCCACUAUGCCAACUGAAAAUUUAUCUACUAUAAGAUCGACUUCUUCACAAGAAAAUAAUUUAAAUACAUCGACUGACAACCAUGAUAAUGACUUAGCUUCCACUAAUAGAUCAAACAGAACUAAUCGUAAUAUUGCGGUUGAGAAUCAGGUAUCUGUUUUAGCUCGUCUUUUAGUGAUUGCUGCUACAGCUACAGCUUCUUCGUUUAUGUCUGAACAGGGUAUAAGAACCAAUUCACUUCAUCGUAUGAACAACAGUUUUUCAACAUUAGGUAACAAUUCAAAUGUUGAAGAUGCUACUGAAAGUUCAAAUAAUGGAUCAUCAGAAAACUCAGUUUUAAAUCGUGAGGAAUCUAUGGAAAAUAAUAGUAGUAUAUCGACGAACACAUCUAAUCAAACGCUUAAUUCCUCAGCAAGUAACUCUUCAAGAAGUGAUACAUCCUUUGAAAACUUUUUAAGUGAGCUCCGCAGUGGUUUGCUGGCUACAGAGCUUUCAAACACUCUUCAUAACACCAAUCCAAGACGUGCAAUGAAUUUCGUUAGAAUAUUUCAAUUCAGCCCUAACGAACCUCGAACUGAAAAUGGAGUUAAUAUGGUUCCGGUUCUUAUUGUUGGUGUGAGAUCGGCUGACCAGAAUACCCAUCGGAAUUCUACUCAAAGAGAUGCUUCAGUUCGGACCACUAACGAUAAUCGAUCUUCUCAAUUAUUUUCAAGCACAUCAACACAACCAGCUAGCAAUUCAACUAGUUCUUUGUCUCAAAAUCAAAGAAUUGAAACACCGAGACCCUCUAUAUUAAAUGAUGGUCAUAGGGAAUCUUUGACUGGAAGUCCUGGAAAUUCUCUUGGUGAAAUUAAUUCCGGCAAUAAUAACCGACGAUUUUCAUUUCUUGAAAGAAAUUCAAUUGACACUAGUAUUCGGUCCUCCUCACCUUUAGAUUCACAAACACAACCUAUAAAUUCUUACACAUCUUCAUUUACAUCCACAUCAACUCAAGAGACAGCUCCUAGGUUUACAACAAGGGCAGGACCAACAAUAACACCAACAAUUUCAAUCGAUACAGAAACUGAAACAGCCACAGAAAAUCCACAUAUAGAAACAUCUUCAUCUUCAUCUUCAUCUUCAUCUUCAUCUUCAUCUUCAUCUUCAUCUUCAUCUUCAUCUUCUGAUAGCAAUAUUCCAACUAGACAGUCUUGGAUGGUUUACGUUUUUGGCGGCACGUAUCCAGAAAACCAUCCUGUAUUACUAAGACCAAAUAUUCUUUCUGAAGAUGCCUCUUAUGAAGAUUUGUUGGAUUUUGAAGCUCUUUUAGGACAGGUAAAGCCGCCUGUGGCUACAGAAGAAGAGUUAAAAAAUGCAGGCGGGCUAUUUAAAGUUGGUGAGGAGGGACUUGAUCAAGAAGUCAUGAAAGAAGUUGAAAGUCGUUGCUUAAUUUGUUUAAGUGAUUUUGAGAAAAAUGAAGAAUGCCGUAAACUCGAACUCUGUGGUCAUGCAUUUCAUCGCGUUUGUGUGGAUCAGUGGCUUACUACUGGCCGCAAUUCAUGCCCAAAAUGCCGUACAGAAGGUGUAAAAAAACUUAACGAAUCAUUAGGAAAUUCAGAAUCCGAAUCAGAAUCAGAAUUUCUUGAGAGAAAUCCUUUUUUUUAA